AUGACAAGAAACUACAUGCCUCCUCCAACGGAAGAGCCGAUCACCUCAUCUACGACUCCUCCUCCUCCGCCUUCUCCAUCCGACACACCCAGAAUGACGGAAUCGGAAUCCUCCGACGCAGCCACCUCGUGUCCGGCUUCAACCACAACCACCAUCAAUUCAACACCAACACCAACACCAACACCAACAUCACCCUCCCCUCAACCACUACCUCCAACAGUCCCCCCACCAAACUCAGAACCCUCCACCCCCUCACCGAAAGACCCCAUGACCCUCCUCCUAACCACAUCCCACGCAGCAGCCUACAUCUUCACCGGCGCCUGGUCCUACCAUGCCCCAUCCCAACCCCUCUCCAACCUAGAUUUCUACAGCCCCCUCCUCCUCCUCUGGGCAAUCCUAUUCCUCACAACCAGUCUCCUCAUCCUCUUCCACUCCUCCUCUAAAAACAUCAACAUCAAAAAAGGAAGGAAAAAAGACGCCUACAUCAUGUCAGCAAUCCUAGGUCUCGUAAUCGGAACUUCGUAUCAAAUCUUCAUCCAAAGGAGAUUCCAGGGGGAGAAUUUCGGAACGUUCAUUUUUGGAGUUCUGGCUGCUGUCUAUCUUGCUUUAGGGUUGGAGAUGUGGGUAGGAGGGAUUUCGAGGUUGGAGGAGUGGUUGAUGAGGGAGAGGGAGGGGGAUUUGGAAGGGGGAGGGAGGGAUUGA